UGUAAUAUAAUUUUUCUAAAAAAAAAUGUGGUGGCCAGUUAGUUUUUUAUUAUUAGUGCUCUAUUGUUGGUCAAUUCAGGCCUACAAUAGCUACCCGUUUAGUGGCCACCUAAGCGAACCGGUACUGGAAAAUGGCACCCGUUGGGUGGUAUUGGCUGCUGGCGGUACCGGUUGGGGUAACUAUAGACAUCAGUCAAACGUUUACCAUACCUAUCAAGUAAUCCGAUCGCAUGGCAUACCCGAUAAAAACAUAAUUGUCAUGCAUUACGAUGAUCUGGCCUACAAUAAAGCAAAUCCCACACCGGGUAUUGUUGUUAAUAAAUUGAACGGUUCGGACGUCUAUAAGGGUGUGCCCAAAGAUUUUACUGGCAACGAUGUCAAUCCACUUAAUUUUUUGGCUGUACUACGUGGCGACCCUGUACUGGCCCGUAAUGGCAAAAAAGUUGUCAACAGUGGACCCAAUGACUAUAUCUAUGUAUACUUUAUAGAUCAUGGAUCUGAUGAUUUGAUAGCCUUUCCCCAUCAGUAUCUGUACGGCGAAGAACUAAACGAUCAGCUCAGGGAUAUGUUUGAUAAGAAACGUUACGCUAAAAUGGUUUUAAAUAUUGAGGCCUGUAAUUCAGGUUCAAUGUUUGAAAAACUGUUGCCCCAGGAUAUCAACGUAUGGGUAACAACAUCGGCCAAUCCAAUGGAGUCUAGCUAUGCAUGCGAUUACGAUCCCCUACGUAAAACCUACCUGGGCGAUUAUUAUUCGGGCACAUGGAUCGAAAAUAUCGAAUCACAAGAUCUGGAUAAUGAAACACUGAUAGAAAUGUAUGAGUAUAUUAAGGUAAGGGUUAACAUAUCGCAUCCGCAAGCCUAUGGUGAUGGACAGGUAGCCAAAAUGGUGGUAUCGAAAUUUUUAGGAAAUAAGCCUAAAAAUCUACUACCGGUGCCCACCACCACAUCAUCAAGUGAUUGUCAUCCGGUUAAAAGCCAGGAUAUGGCCAUACAUUUAGCCGAAAUGAAUUACCGAUAUUCGGCCAGUGAUAAUGAACGUCGGCAAUACCUGAAACAAUUGGAUACCAUAGUAAAGGGUAGACAUUUAAUGGACAAACAUUUUGAACGCUAUGUCCAAAGUAUUAUUGAUCAGUUGGGUAGUUCAGGCACUACUACUACUACCAGUGCUCUACUAAAUGAUAGACAUGAGCUAACAAAUCGAAAAUGUUAUCGUCAAUUAGUAGAUAUGUUUCAUCAACAAUGUUUCAAUUUGAACCAGAAUCCAUACGGUUUUAGUAAAUUGAAAAUUUUUGUCAACAUUUGUGAACAACUAGUUGUCGAUAAUGUAUUGGACAUACAAUUUAUGGUCAACUCAUUGAAACACUACUGUCAACAAAACGUUGUCAACGAUUAUACUAAUAUUGAAUGA